AAUGUGGAUGGAUCCGUGAGAGUUCCACUGUUCAUGGAGUAAGGGGACGACAGAGGAAGAAGAAGAUGCAGAUCUUCCAUGUUCCAUGUCUGCAAGACAACUACUCUUACCUGAUAAUCGACGAGAGCAGCGGAGAUGCGGCGGCGGUGGAUCCGGUUGAGCCGGAUAAGGUGAUUGGAGCGGCGGAGCAGCACGGCGCUCAGAUCAAGCUUGUUCUGACCACGCAUCAUCACUGGGACCAUGCUGGUGGAAACGAGAAGAUUAAGCAGUUGGUGCCCGGGAUCAAAGUAUAUGGAGGUUCUCUGGAUAAGGUGAAGGGUUGCACCGAUACAGUUGACAAUGGUGACAACUUGGCUUUGGGUGUUAAUCUGAACAUAUUGGCCCUCCACACUCCUUGUCACACAAAAGGUCACAUUAGUUAUUAUGUGACUGACAAGGAAGGAGGGAACCCGGCUGUUUUCACUGGAGACACACUGUUCAUUGCUGGAUGUGGAAGGUUUUUCGAAGGGACAGCUGAACAGAUGCACCAGUCAUUGUGUGUAACUCUGGCUUCAUUGCCCAAACCGACGCAAAUUUACUGCGGUCACGAGUACACGGUGAAGAACCUGGAGUUCGCUCUGACGGUUGAACCAGACAAUGAGAAGAUACAUCAGAAGUUGUCAUGGGCACGACGACAAGUCCAGGCUGGUCUACCCACAAUCCCUUCGACUAUAGAGGAAGAGCUCGAAACAAACCCUUUUAUGCGCGUUGAUAAUCCGGAGAUACAGGAGAAGGUUGGUUGCCAGACGGCCAUUGAAGUGCUCCGAGAAAUUCGGAAAAUGAAGGAUCAUUGGAAGGGCUGAAAUGUUGUGAGCUUCAGCUUUCAUCUCCACUUUCAUUGAGCAAAAGCUUUGGUUAUGUAAUGUGAGAGAGACGCUUUAAUGGACGUCUGGUACGAUGUUUGAAUUAAACAUCCUUUAACCGGUUUGUCAAACCGGUGCCAAGCUAAAACCGAUGUAUGUUGUUUAAGCGUGUUGGGACUUAAAUAUAUUUUCUUGUCGGCAAUUA